GGAAGAACACGGAGGAAGCGGGCACAUACAAACCAAACUCGACCAGAAGAUGUUCGGGCUUUUCGGGAAAAAUAAGCCGCUGAAAGUGAGAGACUUAACUGGACAUAAAAAGUACGGGGUCGCGGCGAAAGACCUGAACGAGUUGCUUAAAAAGGGCUGCAAACUGCUACAGCUGCCGCUUUCCGGUGCGUAUGUUUGUUUGUAUGAGGAUGGAGUGAUAGUGACAGAGAAGUUCUUCCCAACUCUGCCGGACAACACUGAACUAGUCCUCCUGUCAAGAGAGCAGUCGUGGGGUGGAGUUGUCUGUGACAUCGGUCAGUUAUUGAACACAGACCGCCACGGUGACGGCCUCGUUAAAGCGGCCAAGGCGCUUCUCGGCGAUGAGAAAUCGGCUAAAAGGCGCAAGAUCCUGAGUGACCUGCUACGGACUCUGGAGGACAGGUCUGAGCUGGAGAGCAGAGAGGAGGAUGAGGACUGGUUCACAGGUGUUGACACUAGAUUCAAAACAAAGUCUGCCUACAUGAAGUCAAACUGUGAAAGCAGGAUACGAGGAUAUAUGAAAGAGGUGGACGAUGCCUCCAAAAACAUACAGAAAGCAAAAGUCAGAGAAGAGUUUCUGAAAACAUCCAAGAGCCUGGUGGAAAUGCUGAAAACUGCCCGGUACAACGGCAGCUACUUUGAUCGGACGGAAAAGGAGCCAAAUCGCCUCUGCACUCGGGAAGGAUGGUUUACCUGCCAGGGAGCAUUCGAUCAGAAAGUUUGCCAGUCGCUUCACUCUAUAAACCCCUACGGCAGCAGAGAGAGCCGGAUUAUCUUCAGCACUUGGAAUCUGGAUCACAGGAUUGAAAAGAAGAGGACGGUCGUUCCUGCUCUGCUGGAGGCUUUACAGAAUCACAAGAGCACCAACAUCAACCUGAACUACUUCUACCAGCUACUGUUCACCAGGGAAAACCUGAAGCUGGUCCACAUCGUUUGCCACAAGAAAGGAGCUCACAACCUGCUGUGUGACGACAGGAAGAUUUUUAGGACUGCGAAUAAUGAAGACAAAGCAAAACCCAAAGUGAAGAAAAAACGUUUGAUUUGAAUGGUUUUAACUUAAUUUUAUGACAAAAGUGUAUGCUGUGUAGGAAUUGUCAAGUUGAUACAUUUGGACUUACAAAUCCUUAGAAAUCAGAUUUA